CUGUAACCCUGGCAGAACCACUGAGGACCUAGGAAGAGCAAAAUAACCAACUAAAUUUGGUGUACAACCUCAAACACCUGCCAACCUGCCUCCUGCCAACCUUCCCACACCAGAAGUUAUUCAUAAAGGAUACGCUGCAGACGAGAGAAAGGAGCACUUUUGUGUCCUGACAAAGAUAGCCGAGGAGUGAGAGAAGGGGACAGAGAGAGGAUACAGAUUCUCCAUUAUUCCAAGGGCCCAUCCAUUUGAGUCAGCCACAGCGGAAGAAAAAGGAGAGACUAUGAAGACAAGCUGUGCCACCCCGCACUGCAGCCCAAGAUAUGACAUAACAUGGGUCCCCUGCUAAUUGCCAUGAUGGUCAUAAAGCUGUGACUGGCAUUGUGAAGGUUUCGCCCCUUUUUCAGCACCCAACCCCGACCCUCUUUGGAAAUCUAUCCUAACAACAGUGUUGCUUCCCUUUCUCCUGCAAACACAACCUUCCUACCUGCCUGACCCGACAUUCCUCUACUUAAUAAUUAUAGCUUAUCCUCUUCCUCAUUUCUUUUCAUCAACAUUAUGCAGGGUGCUUCUUCCACCUCCACUCUCCUUCUUCUUAUUCUUCCCUCUCUCCUAUUCUUCUCCCACUUUCCCAACGUGGUAAAUGGGGACUGCUGGCUCAUUGAGGGAGACAAAGGCUAUGUGUGGCUGGCCAUCUGCAGUCAGAACCAGCCACCGUAUGAGACAAUCCCCCAGCACAUCAACAACACGGUCCAUGACUUGAGAUUGAAUGAGAACAAGCUGAAAGCUGUGCUCUUCAGCUCCAUGUACCGUUUCACCAACCUGACUGACCUCAACCUCACCAAGAAUGAAAUCAGCUAUAUUGAGGAUGGAGCCUUUGCAGGACAAGCCAACCUACAGGUUCUUCAGCUGGGCUACAACAAGCUGACGAACUUAACAGAGGGUAUGAUGAGAGGGCUUGGCCGCAUGCAAUGCCUCUUCCUCCAGCACAACCUCAUUGAGGUUAUUGCCAGCAAUGCAUUCUGGGAGUGCCCCAGCCUCAGCAGCAUUGACCUGUCAUCAAACAAACUUGCCCGCAUUGACCCAUCCACAUUCACAGUUCUUAGUCGGCUGAUGGUGUGUGAACUGGCAGCAAAUCCAUUCCAUUGCGGCUGUGAUCUUUACAGCUUCCUAACCUGGUUAGAGUCCUUCAACAAUGUAACACACACCUAUGACCGCCUCCAGUGUGAGACGCCCCGGGAGAUGUUUGGCUUCCCCUUACUCAUCGCUGCUGGCCAUGCUGGUCGGAAUGCCAAAAAUAUUUUGUACCAUCACUGCCGAGAUGGAGUGAUGAUUCCAGGAAUGACCUCUCUCCCACCAGAUCUGGAUGGUCCUUCUGGGCUCGGACCAGAAAUGUUCGGGGGUGUGGGGCCGUAUAACCAGCCGACCACAUCUUCCUCAUCUACUGAACACAGCUUCAUUCCCAGCAUCAAGCUCCAUCAUGUCUCAUUGUCAUCAGCCUCUCUCCUUGUGCAGAUUCCAAGGCCCUACAGCAAAAUGUAUAUUCUAACGCAAUACAACCACACAUACGUGUCUGACGUCAUGAAUUUGAAGAACAAGAAGGAGAUGAUCACCCUCAACAAACUCAAACCACACACCAAUUACACCUUCUGUGUAGCAUCCAUCCGCAACUCUCAACGUUACAACCACACCUGCCUCCAGUUUUCCACACGGGCACAAAAUCAAGAUGACAUGCUCCCCACGCCUUCCACUACUACUCACUACAUAAUGACCAUUGUGGGCUGUCUUUUUGGCAUGCUCAUUGUUUUAGGCCUUGUCUACUAUUGUCUACGUAAGAAACGGAUGCAUGACGAGAAGAAGAAGUCUAUCUGUGUCAAGAAAACUAUUCUGGAAAUGCGCUACGGACCAGAGGUGGCAGCAGCAGUGGCAAAUGAUCUAUCAUCAGUCCACAAGCUUCAGGAGCAGUCCAGAGAACAUCGCCAGUAUCAGCACCACCAUGGAGGUAAUAUCCCCAUGUCCACAUCCUCUAGCUCGGGAAUGCUCCACUCAGCCAACACCAGUUCCUCUAGACUUUCCUCUAUCCCGCAAGUAGAAAAGAUGGCUACUGCGUUUUCAGAGGCAAUGGCAACAAGUAAAGGAAACUAUAUGGAUAUAAGAACUGGAGGGGCAGGGAUGGAAAGGAUGGGAGAUGGUGGGCAUGGAGGGAUGAGGGGGGGAGACUUGAGAGAUGAUGAUGGAACUGAUGUUGGGGAUGACUCAGAUGAUGAUGGACAUGGCUCUGCAUCAGAGAUUUCCACCAUUGCCAUGGAAGUGGACAAGGUUAACCAGAUCAUUAACAACUGCAUUGAUGCACUGAAAUUGGAUGCAGCAGUGGCUGCUUCAGGGGCCUCUACUAACCCCACAGCCUCCUCCAAUCCCACCUCACCUCCCCCCACCAGCACAUCAUCCCUUACUCGUGGCCUAAUCCCACUCUCCCAAGGGGUGACCGAGACGUGCCAGGCCCUUGGUCCCAACAAAAUACCCCCCCCACCUCCUCUCCCUGCCUUGAAUGCCCCGCUCUCUGAGCGCCCAGGAAUCAGUGGUGGUGGUUUUGUCGUCACUCCUCCCUACAGGCCCCCUCCACCAGCCACUGCUGUACGUCCCAUUCAGCGGCAAAUGAGUGCAGAUGCAGCUGUGGUUAUUGUUAAUGCUGUCAAGAAACAGUGCAGUACGACCUCUUGUGGCUCCAUGAGUCGGGACAGGGAACGGGGAGGAGCAAGGGUAUAUAGUCUGGAUGUUCCUGAGCCAAGAAGCCCAGAUGCCUGUAAUCAACAACAGCAGCAGUACCCAGACCGGGCCAGUCCCGUGGGCUGUGGGGAGCCCCUGGAGAGGCUACCUUUAGUAGGGAGUGGGAGCUGCAUUGGAGGGGGUGGUGGUGGUUGCGACAGUGGUGGUGUUGGUGCCCAACAUCAGGACAGCCAGAAGCCGCACCAUUACCAUCAACAGCAACAAAUACAACAGCAGCAGCAGCAGCAGCAGCAGCAGCUGGAGGUGCAGCAGGACUACCACUGCUCGGAGCACCGCCACUCUGUCCCAGCUCUCUACUAUGAAGGCUCCCACCAGGGCUCCCCAGCCCAGAGGGUUUCCUUCCUAAAGCCCUUGACGCGCUCCCGCAGGGAUGCAGCAUCUUACUCCCAGCUUUCGCCUGCCCGCCACCAUUCCAGUUACUCUGGCUACUCCUCCAGUCCAGAGUACUCCUCAGAGAGCUCACUGCGGAUCUGGGAGCGUUUUCGUCCCUACCGGAAAGGCCAGCGGGAUGAGGCCUGUUAUGUGACGGCCGGGAAUGCCCUUCGAAAAAAGGUGCAGUUCGCUAAAGGCGAGGACCUGCAUGACAUCCUUGAUUAUUGGAAGGGUGUGUCAGCACAGCAGAAGCUGUGACUGAGGGACCACAAAUAAGCAAUGUGGGAAAAAUAAUUUGCAAACUUCUCUGAUAGGCCUGUAAGCCAGAGAAAAAUUAAGAGAAAAUCGUAGGACAAAAUUUUGCCUUUGGAUUAUUUUUGGCAUGCUAGGUGUAUAGAAUAUUGUCCUAAGAGCAAGGACUGUGAAACUGUGCCUGGGAUACGCGAGUCAUUAAGGUGUUUUCUUUUACACUUCAUUGUAGCACCAUUUCUGGAUCAUUCUCUUUUAGUGUUUAUGGGUUUUAUUAUAGCACAGAGAGCAAAUGCCAACUGUGUAAUUUAGUACUCUUUGAGUGAUCACAUUUUGUGAUCUUAUGGACCAUCUUUAUCAGUGCCAUGUUUUAAUCUAUGGGUAAUCACAGAAGGUAAACGUUGAUACCCUUCAUUUUAAGCUUGUGUGAUCAAAGAUGUUGUUUCCUGUUUUGUAUUGGGUGCUGUAUCAAUUUGCAGUGUAAACUUGGAUAUGUUUAGACUUAUAAGUGAAGGGAUGCCGAUUAGCGAACAGAGUUGUCAAAUGCAGGACCUCUCUCUCUUCUAUGAGAUCAUUCAUGCAGCUGAGGAAUUUGCAUUUCAAUAACAUCUGUCACCCAAAAAGAAAGAAGAAAUUCAAAGGACAUUAACAAACAAAGAGAGGUGGGCUUGAGGGGCCUGUAGCAUAAGAAAAUCGUGAGAGAGAUUACAGUAGAACCUUAGUUUAAAAUAGUGCUAUGAUUGCACCCUGGGGUGUUCAACACAUCUUUCCAACUAACACUCUCGCAUGGGUCAAUGAAUAGUGUGAGGAACGUUGUCCCAUAGCUAUCCAAAACCGCCCUAAACAGUAUUUGUCCAAGUAUUGAUCAGAACUGUGAGCAUAAUUUGAAGGAGUACAGAUGGCAAAAUAAUGUUUCCUUAAUGAAGGUAAUUAGAUGCUACUUACCUGUACAAUUGGGAAAUUUAACUAAUAGCCGAAUGAGCUCUUACAAUCCUGUUAAAAAAUGGCAUGAGAGAUGUGACCCAUAUGUGACAGAGAUCAAGAGAAAUUGAAAAUUGAAAUUGGGCAUAAAAGAAAAAAUGGAAGACAAGUAAGGAUACCACUGCCACUGUGAAUGUAAGCAGAUUAUAAGCAGGGUAUGGGGAAAUCUAUUUGCAUCAUUGAGCACCACAGUACAUUCCAAAUCCUUUCUCUAACAUGAAAACUGAAUGAGGCACAGAGGGAAAGGACACUUCUAAUUACUGCCAACGUGUCUGUUCUGUUAUGGAAAUUACUAUUGUUGUCUAUUGAUAACUUAAUUAGCCAACUUGUGACAGGCAUGUUCGCUUGCACUUUACUCUUCAUGAUUGUGUGUGUGGCUGUGUGGUUUACAGUGGUCAGUGGGUGUUGGCAUGCCUUGUAAGAUUAUAUUGUAUUUGCCCAAAUUUACCUAAAUGAAUAGUUGUCAAUAUCUUUCCCAGUGACUGGAUGUCUAAACACUUAUAGAUUAUUAAUGGCAUGGGCAGAUAUACAAUGGUAACUGUAUUUUUCCAGACAUACAUCACAUGACUGUGAUGCUUAGAUAUACCACUGUAGCGCAGUGCCUCUUGCUAACACAGCCAUAAUCUAGUCUCCAUUCAUUAAAAGUGUUAUACAUCCACUGGGCCUUUUCUAUUGAAAUAAUCUAAUUAUGAUUUUCCUAAAUGAGAGUGUCAUUGCCUGGCAUUCUGACAAAAGGCAUCCUUUUUACCCAAAGUGCUGUGUAGCUGUUAAAUUUUUGCAUCAUCAGCUAACAUACACAAUCGGAGACACCCUACCCUAAAAAUGUGAAAACUUAAUCAGUGGCCCUUGCUCCACAUUUUUAUUCAGGGCUAUAUUCAAGAGAAAAUAAGUUAUAGUGACAAGUUUAAUUUCAGGAACAUUUUUAUCUGUUGAUCCUCACUUGUUUAUUGUGGAUGAUGUUAUUUGGCCCGCCUCCCACCACCUUCCCGCUCCCACGGGUCCAAUGGGAUAUGGGUUUGGCACUAGCAGGACACUGAAUCUGUCCUGUUCCGUUUUAUUAAAUGAGAAAAGUCAGAAAUUGCCUUUCUUGCAGGCAGGACCUGGGUCUGCACAGCACAUAUCAACACUGCUUUUCUUCUUUUGUUGAAUAUUUGAUCUUUAGCAUGCGCUUGACUCCUUUGAAUAAAUGCAGGUCGAACUGGAAUAAGAAUGCAAAUGUGAAACGGUGGUAUAUAAUGGUAAAUCCAUAUUGAUCUAUGUAUUUCUUCAUCCCUCUUUGGUUCCAUAAAACAUCUAUCCCUGUCACUUUUUCCUUGUUUUAUUAAGAUGUUUCCACACAGUCAGGUUCAGAGGUCAUAAACCUUGGAGUCAGUGUUGUGCUGUGAGUGUUUACAGUUGAAUUGACCACAUGAGAUCAAGAGCCUCACUGUCAUCUUUUAGUAACAUGUCUGGGAUGCACCACCUCAUCCGCCUUCUUUUUAUGAUAAAGCACCAUGUGAAGAAGAUCAGUCUUGGAAAUGUUUAGUCUCCUGCUGAUCUCCUAUUAUCUGAGAUAACAAAGUUUCCAAAGGAACGUGUUACUGUAAUUGACAGACUUUCACUUAAUCAGAAAAAAGGAUUUUCUUUGCUAUUACAUUAAAGGAGUACCUAACCCCACAGAGAGAACAUGGUGUGUUAAACUUCCCAGAUCCUCAACUGCCAUAACAAGUUUACAGACAUGGACACUAAGGAUAAGUAUAACAGCAAAUUCAAAAUGAUCAGUAAUAGCAGGAUCAUUCCAGCUGCCAUUCAUUUUCAUUCACCUGACAAAAUGGAAUGUGACAGAAAAUCCUGAUUAUUACUGUUUCCAUGGACGACUUUUCAUUUCAUACAUUUUCUAUUUGAAUUAACAUAUUUAACACACUAAUGUAUUUUUCAGGAAAUAGAUUUUCAGGGGACACAUGUACAUUCAAGUGCUCUUCUGCUCAUAUUUGGAUGAAGCUCUAUGAUGAUAUGGCAUUGCUGGCUCAACAGAGAACAUUUUCAGUGUCUGUGUGAGAAGUGCCAAUCUUGCUAACAAUUUAUUAACAGUGUUUUCACCAUAGCCCACAUGAGUGCUGUUGCCGUAGUUGGAGGGGAUAUUGUGUUUCUCAUCAUUAAUAAUUACUUGAAAUCCUGCUGCCAAAAUAGCCACAAGAGUGUCAUGCAAAAUGGAAAUGAAGACUAGUUUACACAAAAUUCAAACUUGACUAGCAAGUAUUUUCUAUAACUCAGUCAAUUUUCAAACAGCAGUAAAAACAGGUACAAAUAUUAACAAAAGAGGCUAAGGAACUUGUUUUUCAGCAGCGCUGCACUCCCAAAUAAACUGUUGUUGUUGCUCCCCUCAAGCAAAGCUAGAAUUGGUGGCUUAGACCAAACAUUUGUGUUAAUUGGCCUUGGAGCUUUCGGGGUAAUUCAUAAAGUUUUAGUUUUUUGGGGGGGUUAUUGGAGAAUCAUCUACAGUUGUCACUCUACAGGAUUGAAGCUUUCAAUAAAACAGAGCACAUUCUAGGGUUAUCACCAGCUCAAAUAAUUUACCAGCUGAUUACUAACAACUAAUAACUCAAGCAGUAUCAUACCUGUUUGGAUUUUUUUGUCCCACAAAGCUAGCAUCAAACAAAAGAAAAAACUAGUCUUCCUUCCCAGCUCAUAUACUCGUGGAACCCUGGAGGGUAGCUCACUGGGAGAUCAAUGGUCCUUUUUGUAGAACUGUCCUUGUUGUUUGUCUCAGAGCCACAGAAAAGCCAGACGUGAGAAAACCACCUAAUGUGCUGUUAAUGUUCAGUCCUUUUGUGGGAGGCUAGCUCGGGUUGCUUCCCCUAUCUUGGUAUACCAUAAGAAAAUCACAGACGCUUUCAGUUCUAACAUGUUAAUCCUUUGAUGCCUUGAUUUAAAGUCUGAUCCAAUUAAACUAAACACAGUUUCUUUAAUAAUAAAUCAGAGCUCAAAAUGGGGUGUGGGUUUAUGUCUAAUCAGAUUCUAAAUUACUAAAGGAGUUAAAUGCUUCCAUUAGUAAAGACCACAUUUUUACAAAUGUGAUUAAUGCUCGAAGCACUGUCUGUCAAAGUGUGACACUGCUUCAGUGUGUGGUCAUCGUCAUUUGAGGGUAAUCCGAGGAUGCAAAUUUAAUACUAAUUACUAAUACAGAGAAAUCUGACUAACUCUUUUGCUUGACCAUUUACUAGAUCAUAUUCUUCUACAAUGAAGAACAAAAAUUUACACAAAUCUGUAGAUUAAAACUGAAAGUCUGUGUCAAAGCAGCCAGUGUUUUAACAUACAUACAGGCCAAUGUAUAGUAUGAACUAUAAUAGGUAUUGACUGAUUAUUCAACAUAUUACAAUGCACAUUAUUCUUAUUUCCGCAUUACAGAAAGAUGUGGUUGAUAAUAAUAUAUAAACCUGCUAACUGAAAUCAAUGUAGACUGGUAGACCAAUGCCUAGAUGCAACAAGAGAUGAUGAUUUAUACUGAAAGAGAGAUUUGCAAAGCUGAGUAAUUAAACGCAAUUAGUCACAACCAGGAAAAAAAGGAUGUAAGUUGAAUAAUCCAUGUCGACUUUUUCACACCAACAGCAAACUAGUUUCUUUUUUUUUUCAGGCUAUUACGUGGCAUUAGAGUGAUUUUCUCUCUCUACUACCUUCUCCUCCCCAAUACCCAUGAAAACACACACACACAGCACACAAGCAGACACACACACACACACACACACACACACACACACACACACACAGCAGACUACAAAAAUGGAACCUAUAAAAGUGAGUCACAAUGAGUCACAGUCUGACUAAACUGAAAUGACUCUUUCAUGUAAGGCAGGUAAUGGGCAAGGUCUUCAAAGAGAAGUGAGCAAUAAGAGAGGAAUGGCUGAAUUUAGGGAAAUGCAGGCAGACAUCUGGGAUAAAAGAUGUGGACGCGUGGCUACACUAAAACACACAUGUGCAUGCAUAACAGAAGUGUACUGUGGGAACAGCUCUUGCAAAACAUUCAGAUACAUAUGCAUUUCUCAUGACUGAAUGCCGCCCUCCUUUAAAGCCUUAAGAAGGACAGCUUCAUUUCCACUUAUGUUUAAGGCAGGUGACAGGCACGUAUUAGCAGUGACAGUGGGUUACAAAUCCUUUUAUUUGGUAUCUUUAGACCUUUUGUCUAAUAGUCUAUUAAGUCUAUUAGCUUACUGUGUGGGAGAUUAGCCUGUGUGAAUUAUGUGCCAAAUUUGAUAAAUGGGAAACUAUACUGUGUGUCUCCUCAUGAUAGCCACAGAAGGGCUCAUGUGAUAAAAAAAAAAGUCAAAUGCAUGCCAAUUUUAAUAUUUCUCUUUUUAAUGUGAAAUUAUAUUUAUCAAAAGAACGAAAAAGGAAGUCAGUUGAGACAAAAGAAAUAUGUCUUAGCGUGACUGAUUUCUUGGUCAUUCUUCACACUUUAGGAGGCAGCUCUGACAGUCUGAGCACUGCCAACGCUGCCUUCUCAACUGCCAAGCACUCUAAAAAGGAGUUUGAAAAAUACAAAAUCCCCAAAUUAAAUAAAAAUUUAAUUUAUGUUGAAAGCAUGCACUGACAACAAAAAGUCCUCAUCAGAAUAUCUAAUAUGUUUUGCAUCUCUAAUUGGACAACCAUGCAGGUUGACACACAAAGCUUUGUCUGUGAGCUAUUCUAUGCUCCAAAACAAGCAAGUAGUCUGCACAUGGAUGGAUUUUGAAUUUCAUUGGCAGUUGUUUUUUGAGCUGCAAACACAUUUAAGAUAGAGAAACCUCUGAUAAUUCUAAAUAAUAGGCUUUCUGGGCAGAAGAGCAUUUGAAACUCCUAAGGUAUGCCACCUGAUUGGACCGUGGACACUUUUUACACAUGUUUAUUUACACUGACACAAUAUGCAUUAACUCUGCAAGGUUUAUUUCCAAAGAUGGACAAAGGACUUAAAGAAUCUGUGAAAUAUCUGUGAAUUUUGUACACUACAUAAAAGAAAAAAAAAA